UCCUAUUAUCUCACGAAAGAAUUAAUGUUUCACGAAUCAAGCAACUAGUAAAUGCUUGUUGAAUUUAAUCGACUAAGGAAUUAUUUCAUCCUCAAGAAGGUUUCCUGCUAUCAGCAACCCUUGCAGUCAACGUCAAAGUAGGUCCCCACCCGGCAGGGCAGGGCUGGGCAGGGUACAAGGAACUAUGACUAAGCACUGUAUGGCCCGUGCUGAGAGUUGAGAACCCACACGAGCUGGGGCCUCCAGUUGCUUCCCCACUUCGCUCCAUCUUUUCUGCCACUUUCUCCCGUUUGCAAGAGUCUGGUACUCGCCCUUCCAAUAUCAUAACAUUCCAUGGGCUCCAGAUGUCUCAGAGGUGCUGGAUACUGUGACGUCACACACUCGGGCAGAGCCGUCUCAAUCCCUAAAGGGUACCUGUGAGGUUAGGCCUCGCAGGCUAUUGCAGGCCCUAAAAAAGUACGCCUUAAGGAGGAAGGCCCUCCGGAGAGGCAGCUGACCGUUUUCAAGCCCAGGGAGUCUAGAGCUCAGGGGUGGGGCGAAAGGGUGACGGAAGAAGGAGGAAAAUCUAGGGCCAAGGGGCGGUGCUUCGGUUCUUUCGGGUUGAGGGGCGGGCCAGGCUGCGUAGUGACGUUACACGCCGGGGCGGGCGGGGGCGGGGCGAAGGCACUGGUGUUGCUGAGAGUGGGGGAGUUGGUACCUCAUUCCCGGGUGGAGCCGGAGCUGGAGACAGGAGCUCGUGUGAGGCUUCAGGACAAAAAUGUUUCAUUUACGGACUUGUGCUGCUAAAUUGAGGCCAUUGACGGCCUCACAGACUGUUAAGACACUUUCACAAAACAGGCCAGCAGCAGCUAGGACGUUUCAACAAAUUAGGUGCUAUGGUGCACCUGUGGCUGCUGAGCCCUUUUUGAGUGGGACUAGUUCAAAUUAUGUGGAGGAAAUGUACUAUGCUUGGUUGGAAAACCCCAAAAGUGUACAUAAGUCAUGGGACAUAUUCUUUCGAAAUGCCAAUGCUGGAGCCCCGCCUGGCACUGCCUACCAAAGCCCCCCACCCCUGAGUGGUGCCUUGUCAGCACUGACCCAAGCCCAAUCCCUGGUUCAUGCCCAGCCGAAUGUAGAUAAGCUUGUGGAAGACCAUCUUGCAGUUCAAUCUCUCAUCAGGGCAUAUCAGAUUCGAGGGCACCAUGUAGCACAGCUGGAUCCCCUGGGAAUUUUGGAUGCUGAUCUGGACUCCUCCGUUCCAGCUGAUAUUAUCUCAUCCACAGACAAACUUGAUCUCGCAGUUUUCCAGGAGCGACUCCGAAUGCUAACUGUAGGAGGGUUUUAUGGAUUGGACGAAUCGGACCUCGACAAGGUUUUCCACUUGCCCACUACUACUUUUAUUGGAGGAAAGGAGUCUGCUCUCCCACUCCGAGAGAUCAUUCGACGGCUAGAGAUGGCUUAUUGCCAACACAUUGGAGUGGAAUUCAUGUUUAUCAAUGACCUGGAACAGUGCCAGUGGAUCAGACGGAAAUUUGAGACUCCGGGCAUCAUGCAGUUUACAAAUGAGGAGAAGCGUACUCUACUAGCAAGGCUGGUUCGCUCUACCAGGUUUGAAGAAUUCUUGCAACGAAAAUGGUCAUCUGAGAAACGUUUUGGCUUAGAAGGUUGUGAAGUGUUGAUACCGGCCCUGAAGACUAUAAUUGACAAGUCAAGUGAAAAUGGAGUGGAUUAUGUGAUCAUGGGAAUGCCACACAGAGGGCGCCUGAAUGUGCUUGCAAAUGUGAUCAGGAAGGAACUGGAGCAGAUUUUCUGUCAAUUUGAUUCAAAAUUGGAGGCGGCUGAUGAGGGUUCUGGAGAUGUGAAGUAUCACUUGGGCAUGUAUCACCGGAGGAUUAACAGAGUAACAGACAGAAACAUCACGCUGUCCUUGGUGGCAAAUCCUUCUCACUUAGAGGCUGCUGAUCCAGUGGUUAUGGGAAAAACCAAAGCUGAACAAUUUUAUUGUGGGGAUACGGAAGGAAAGAAGGUGAUGUCCAUCCUUAUACAUGGAGAUGCUGCAUUUGCUGGGCAGGGUAUUGUAUAUGAGACAUUCCACUUGAGUGACCUUCCUUCCUACACUACACAUGGCACUGUACACGUGGUAGUUAACAAUCAGAUUGGCUUUACCACAGACCCUCGUAUGGCCCGUUCUUCUCCAUACCCUACUGAUGUGGCCCGAGUGGUAAAUGCACCAAUUUUCCAUGUGAAUGCCGAUGACCCUGAAGCAGUUAUGUAUGUGUGCAAUGUGGCUGCUGAGUGGAGAAGCACUUUUCAUAAGGAUGUGGUUGUGGAUUUGGUAUGUUACAGACGUAAUGGUCACAACGAAAUGGAUGAGCCUAUGUUCACUCAGCCCCUCAUGUACAAACAAAUCAGAAAACAGAAACCUGUAUUGCAGAAAUAUGCUGAGACCCUAGUGUCACAAGGAGUGGUAAAUCAGCCUGAAUAUGAGGAGGAGAUUUCCAAGUAUGACAAGAUCUGUGAGGAGGCCUUUGCCAGAUCUAAAGAUGAGAAGAUCCUACACAUCAAGCAUUGGCUUGACUCACCCUGGCCUGGUUUUUUUACUCUAGAUGGACAGCCCAGGAGUAUGUCUUGUCCUUCAACUGGUCUAACUGAAGAGGUUCUGACACACAUAGGAAAUGUAGCCAGCUCUGUUCCUGUAGAGAAUUUUACCAUUCAUGGGGGCUUGAGACGGAUUCUAAAAACCCGUGGAGAAAUGGUAAAGAAUCGAACAGUAGACUGGGCCCUUGCUGAAUACAUGGCUUUCGGCUCACUCCUGAAAGAUGGAAUCCACAUUCGGCUCAGUGGCCAGGAUGUUGAACGGGGAACCUUCAGCCAUCGUCACCAUGUGCUACAUGACCAGAAUGUAGACAAGAAAAUCUGCAUUCCCAUGAACCACCUUUGGCCCAACCAGGCUCCAUAUACAGUCUGCAACAGUUCUCUGUCUGAAUAUGGAGUUUUAGGCUUUGAGCUGGGCUUUGCUAUGGCAAGUCCUAAUGCCCUUGUCCUUUGGGAGGCUCAGUUUGGUGACUUCCACAACACUGCUCAGUGUAUCAUUGACCAGUUCAUUUGCCCAGGACAGGCCAAGUGGGUUCGACAGAAUGGCAUUGUGUUGCUACUCCCCCAUGGCAUGGAAGGAAUGGGUCCAGAACAUUCAUCAGCUAGACCAGAGAGGUUUCUGCAGAUGUGCAAUGAUGAUCCAGAUGUCUUCCCUAAACUUGAUGACUUUGAUGUGCGUCAACUCUAUGACUGCAACUGGAUUGUUGUUAAUUGUUCCACUCCUGCCAACUUUUUCCAUGUCCUCCGACGACAGAUCUUGCUGCCCUUCCGGAAGCCGUUGAUCGUCUUCACUCCAAAGUCACUGCUGCGUCACCCUGAAGCCAGGUCCAACUUUGAUGACAUGCUUCCAGGCAGCAGUUUCCAGCGUAUUAUCCCAGACAAUGGUCCUGCUUCCCAGAACCCAGAGAAAACCAAGAGACUUCUCUUCUGUACCGGCAAGGUGUAUUAUGACCUUACUCGAGAGCGACAAGCCAGAAACAUGGAGGCAGAUGUGGCUAUCACCAGGAUUGAGCAGCUCUCCCCCUUCCCCUUCGACCUCUUGCAGAAGGAAGUGCUGAAGUACCCUAAUGCAGAGCUGGCCUGGUGCCAGGAAGAACAUAAAAAUCAGGGUUACUAUGACUACGUGAAGCCAAGACUUCGCACGACCAUAGACCGAGCCAAGCCUGUCUGGUAUGCUGGGCGCGACCCCGCUGCUGCCCCAGCCACAGGCAACAAGAAGACACACCUGACAGAGCUGCAGCGUCUCCUGGAUACUGCUUUCAAUCUGGACUCUUUCAAGGGCUUAUUCUAGGCCUUGGCCUCAGCUACUUGGACCCUACCUUCUGUCUGUCUGUAUAUCCAUAUCUGCCACUCACUUCUCUUAACUCCAGACUAGAUCAACUAAAGUGUGGCGCCCAGCUUCUGCCCCAAAUCUCUGCUUCUUCUUUUUGUCCUGCAUAUUCCUAUCUAUGCUCCUCCUCUCCCCUCCAAAGCUGUUCUCUUAGAAAUUGAAGUUGUCAUUUCUCUAUCAAAUAGUCUUCCUCAUUCAUCACCACCAAAUGUUCAACAGUUCCUAAUUUUAUGACUGUCUUGGCUUUCUGUGAAGGUGAAUAGCUUUGUGGAAUAGCACCUUCUGCAGAAGCAGCAGUGAGGAAGGGGCUACUGCUGUCAUCACCCUUCUAAGGACCCUUAACCUUACCAGGCAAAAAGCCUUUGUGUCAGAUAUUUCCACUCCCUGUCUUGGUAAAAUUUCACCCCCCACAAUGCAAAGGAGGAACUUUGGGUUCCCCUUAUGCUGAAAAUAAUCCCUAGCAAAAGAAGAGUCUCUUUACUUCAGGAUUGGGAUUUUUCUAUAGCUAAACCCAGAAAGAUUAUCCAAAAGGAAAGAAAUUGUUCCCAAGAGCUGGAUUUUGCCAUGUUCUUCUAAUUGAGACUCAGAUGAUACCCAGUCAUAGCAGGGAGAUGGACUCCAUUAGCUAUCAAGCUUAAGAGGAAAGAUGAUAAGUCCAGGUUGAGUCAGUCCCAGAAUCCAAAACAGGUGGCCCAUUAGUUUCUUUCCUCUAGUAUAUAGUUGUCCCUCAUUUAUUUUCCUCUGUGCAAUCCCUCCUAAGCUUAUUGCAUGUGAUCUGCAUGUCCCAAUCUUUCAUAUUUUAGUGACCAGGAAUAGCUUCAGCCUUUGCUGCUUCUGCCCUUUUUUCAGCAUUGACUAUUCUUCAUGUCACAGAAUUGGCAAAACAGUGUCCCUUUCUGGCACCUAAGUCUUUCAUACUGCUGCCUUUGUCACAAAUAUGUACAGCUUUGUUUUGGGGGUGGAAUCUGGAGCAUAGAGCCACAGGUUAUGUACAUCAUGUGAAUAAUGACUUUUCUAUUGAAGUUAGCCUUAGUCUUUGGCCAGAAAGUUUUCCCUUCUCUUUCCGCAGCCCAUUGGGUAUGUGUUGCUCUGAAAUCUGACUUGGUAUAUGAACCUAGCCAUGGCCUUUUUGCUUGUUUUCUUACCACCUCUUUCCUUUCCAAUGCCUCUUUUUUCCUCCCCUACUUCUUCCUCCUUUAAUUUAAAAAAAGGGAGUAGGGGUGAGAUAGAGACUUUCUGAUGCAUCCUUUCCUGUGCCAAAGCAAAAGGUAGCAGGAGGUGGGAGCUGAGGGGUAGGAGCAGGGGCAGAAAUUGAUGACUGCUCCUUGUCAUCACUUUGAUUCUUCACAGUGACAGAUCUGAUUUAUUUAUUUUGGUUAAAAAACAACAGCUUUUCAUUGUAUUUGGCUUCACCAAUAAAAUAAAAAAUUAUCCUGGG